AUUAUAGUUUAACAUCCACCAACAAAAAAACAAAAAUCUACUACCAUCAAGUCAGUCAUUGAUUGAGCCACAAUUGUCUGUUGCUCAGUUUAGUUUAGUUUAUUUUACGCUCUUGAACCGACAACAAGUAUAAAUUGUGGAAACGCGCUUAAAGUUUGAAAUUCGAAAACGGGUUUAAAUACAUUUCAACCACUCAAUACACACGUACACACACUACAAACCCACUAUUGCCGGUAGAUGACGAUACAUAAAAAAUGCCUAAAAAUAGAACUUUGAUAUAUUUGCUAUUGCUUUUGGCCAACAGUGUUUUGAUUAUUUGCGAAACAAAUUAUCCUCCUAUCUUCCGUCAAGUCAACAAUAAUAUUGUAUUGUCGGAGAAUACUCCUGUGGGCUCAGUUGUCUAUCAAUUGGAGGGUUCAGAUCCUGAAGGCAGUAAUGUUACCUUUGGCUCUAUAGGUUCGGAACAUUUUGAAGUUGAUCCUAUAUCGGGCAACAUUACUCUGAUAAAACCCUUGGAUCGUGAAGAAAAGGAUAGUUUAAAGUUUUUAAUAACCAUAAGAGAUCAGGUGUCGGAAGAUGGUGAAUCGGAAUUGGAUAAUAUAGUGCAAGAGACCAUAACGAUUAUAGUGUCGGAUGAGAAUGAUAAUGCACCGGAAUUUCAAAAUACUCCCUAUGGAGCUGAUGUCAAUGAAGAUACCCCCAUUGGCACGGUUAUUUUCAAUUCUAUCUCGGUUAAAGAUCGUGAUAUUGUGGGAGAGAGUUUGGAUUUGAAAUGUAUACCACUAGAACAAUCGCCAGAUGCCUGUGAUAAAUUCCGUUUGGAUAUAUUGAAAAGAGAACCCACUUUUCUAACAGCCAACGUGGUACUAAACCAGCCUUUAAACUACAAUCAACGUACAAUUUAUCACUUUAUUAUUGAAGCUACAGAUGGCGUCCAUCAAACUCGAACUAAUUUCGAGGUGCGUGUUAAAGAUGUUCAGGACAAACCCCCUGUAUUCUUAGAAUACAAAUCGAAUGUUAUAGAUGAGGACAGUCCUAUCAACACUUUAGUUUUGAAAAUACAAGCCCGGGAUGGUGAUACUGGUGAACCGCGGAAAAUUGUCUAUGAUUUGUUAACAAAUCCUAUGGACUAUUUUCUAUUGGAUGAGCAUACGGGUGAAUUGAGAACGGCCAAACCUUUGGAUCGUGAGGCUUUACCAGAUGGUGCUGGUAUUAUGAAGCUGACCGUUAGAGCCCGUGAAGUUGUUAAUGGUUUACCCAGCAAUGAUCCCAUGGAGAGCAGCACUGCUACUGUUACCAUAACCAUACGUGAUGUUAACGAUUCCCCACCCACGUUCAAUAGGAAAGAAUAUGAAGUUUCUUUGCCAGAAAAUACCGCCACCGGAACACCCUUAGCUUUGGACAUGAAUGUUACCGAUCGUGACGUGGGCAUUAAUUCCAAGUUUUCUUUGCGCUUAGAAGAUGUCUCAGACGUUUUUGAAGUGGAACCACAAUUGGUAACGGGCUUCUCGCAAGUUCACAUAAGAGUAGCCAAUGGCAGUUUGGAUUAUGAAAAUCCCAAUCAACGUAAAUUCAUUGUUUUGGUCAUAGCCGAAGAAACUGAUACAAAUCCCAAAUUAUCCUCCACUGCUACGAUCAGGGUAACAGUGAAGGAUGUCAAUGACAACAAACCCAUGUUUGAGCAGGAAUCCUAUUCGGCCUCAGUCUCGGAAUCUGCACUGCCGGGCCAAUAUAUUACAACUAUUACCGCCAAAGAUAUGGAUUCGGGUAAUUUUGGUGAUGCUGGUUUGCGCUACAGUUUAUCGGGCAAUGGUGCCGAACUAUUUCAUGUGGAUGAAAAAACUGGUGUAGUUACUUUGGCGGAUUGCAGUAAGAUUAAAGAAUCUACCAAUGACAAUACCAGGCGUAAACGCCAAUACAAUGAUAUGACUAGUUAUUUGAUGGGUACUCACAAUGAUGAUGAGCAUAAUGAUGCCGAUUAUGAGUAUAGAUUGUUAAAGAGUUCCGAUGCCAUAGAUGUUAAUAAUGAGCUAAUGCCAGAGCCGGCGGCUUUACCUAAAACUUGUUUAGAUUAUGAAACAGAAACUACAUAUUUCUUGUCUUACAAGGCCACCGAUGAUGAGGGAAAAGGCACCAACUCGGUGGUGUCUUUGCGUAUUUCAGUAACUGAUGCCAAUGACUCGCCGCCCGUAUGUGAGAGUCCUUAUUACAGAGCAUCUGUAGAUGAGGGUUCAAGAGUGUUUGAGGCUCCUUUGAUAGUGAAAGCCCGUGAUGCGGAUACUGUAUCGGAUAUAACCUACAGCAUUGUUGGUGACAAACUUAUUCUAGACACUUUUGCCAUUGAUAAUCAAACUGGCCAAAUAACCAUACGUCCCAAUGCCACCCUGGAUGUCACCCAUUUGAAAAACGAUAAUUUGGUGUUUUCCGUUGAAGCCCAUGAUGGUCUUUUCUCGACCAAUUGCAAUAUUAAUAUUACCGUCAGGGAUGUUAAUAAUCAUGAGCCACGAUUUUUGGCUGACACUUAUUCGGCUGUGGUGGAGGAAAAUUCAGAAAUUGGCCGAAGUGUGGAGAAAUUAGAAGCUGAGGAUUUAGAUUCGGGUGUAAAUGCUGAUAUAAGAUACCGUAUACAGCAGGGCAGUUUUGAUGAUUUUCACAUUGAUGAGUCCACGGGAGAAGUAUUUGUUUCCCGUAAAUUGGAUUAUGACAAUCGCAAUACUUAUCAAAUCGAAGUAAUUGCCAUGGAUUUGGGUACGCCCAGCUUAUCGGGCACAGCCACUUUAACUGUUAGCAUAGUGAAUAGCAAUGAUAAGGAUCCAUAUUUUACGCCAGCAACUCAACAUGCAGAGGUUCGCGAAGACACCCCUGUCGGUACAGUUUUCUACACUCUAAUGGCCAUUGAUCCUGAUGUUUCCGCCAGAGAUGCUUUAGAUUUUGCAGCUGUUGGUAUUUCAGCCAUUGACAAAGAUGGCAAGGAGGUGGAAAAUAGUGAGCAAUUUAAAGAAUAUUUUACCAUAACACGCAGCGGCAAAGUGGUGGUCAAUAAAAAACUAAAUCGCAAUUUAUUUGCAGUCAUACGCAUUAAUGUGUUGGUAACCGAUAGUACAGCACCUACCGUGCAACAGGGAAGUGGUUUAUUGAUAAUACAAAUCAUAGAUGUCAAUGAAGUAGCGCCGAAAUUCAGCUUGCCUUGGACCAUCGAUAAUCCUGUUAUCAAAGUACAAAUGGUUGAAGAACAACCAGUUGGAACGGUACUCACCACCUUGCAGGCCUACGAUGAAGACUCAACAAUUGGUGAAUAUGACAUCUCUGCUAACGAAUACUUUGAUAUCAAUAAAUCCACCGGAGUGGUCACACUAACCAAACGUCUGGACUAUGAAACCAUUAAAGAAGUUAAAUUUGUGGCCACAGUUAGUGAUACGGGUGUGCCCUCGUUAACCUCUACCGCAGAUGUUAUAGUCGAUGUUAUUAAUCUCAACGAUAAUGAGCCACAAUUUACACAAAGUGAAUACUAUUUCAAUAUAACGGAAAAUUCACCAGUGGGUACUGUGGCGGGUAAAGUAGAGGCUUUUGAUAAGGAUUUGGGUGCCUUUGGGGAGAUUACUUAUUCAUUGAUAGGAGAAAAUAAUAAAUAUUUCACUAUUGAUUCCUAUACGGGCAAUAUAAUGGUGGCCGAUGCUUCAAUAUUAGACAGAGAGAAAGUUAAGCAGAUAACCUUAACGGCCGUAGCUAAAGAUAAGGCUCCUCUCACGGUGCAAAAAUCCACCACAGCAGCGAUUUAUCUAAAUGUUUUGGAUGUUAAUGAUAAUGCUCCUGAGUUUACACAAAAUGAAUACACCUCGGUGGUGGCUGAGAAUGCAGCCUUAAAUCCUCCAGCUGCUUUGUUGCAGGUCAAGGCUUUUGAUUUGGAUGAGGGCAUAUUUGGUGAUGUACGUUAUGUUAUAACGGCGGGCAAUGAUCAACAGCUAUUCCAAUUGGACUCACAAACGGGUAUUAUCUAUCCGGCUCGCAGUUUAAAUGGCCAAAAAGGGAUUUAUGAAUUAAUAAUAUCGGCACGUGAUACUCAGGGCUCGGGCACCAUGGAAGCUUUUGCUAAAGCUAUAAUUACGGUUAAGGGCGUGAAUCAAUACAGACCACAAUUUCUUAUACCAGCUUUGUCCAAUGCCACCAUUGAAAUACCAGGGGAUUCUGUGAAAAAAGAUUAUUUGGUUUUGACAGUUAAAGCGGCCGACAAUGAUACUGAUGAAAAUGGCCAUAUCUUCUAUCACUUACAAGUCAAUGAUCAAAAUAUGCAAGAGACUGAUGAAUUUAAAAUCGAUCUCGAGACUGGUGAACUCAGAACAAACAAAGAGCUGCACAGGAAAGAAAAAUCAAACUUUGAUUUAAUACUAGUAGCCCGUGAUGCAGGCAAUCCCACACCUUUUGAAACUUUACGCUUCCUUACCGUCAGCAUUAUAGAUGCCAAUGAAAACCGACCCGAAUUUCCCGAUGCCAGCAAUCCAUAUCGCAUACCCAUUGUGGAAAACAAUGAACGUAAUGUAAAGAUUGGUAAAAUACAGGCCACGGCACGCAAUAAACACAACAAAGAUGUCUUCUACUACAUGCUGUUGGGCAAUGAAGAUGGUGCAUUUGCUGUGGACAAAACCACGGGUGAUAUUUAUACCAACAAAUCGUUGGAUAGAGAAACAACAGAUAGCUAUACUUUAUAUAUAUUGGCCAGCAUUAAACGUGAUCUCCAUAUAUCGGACGAAGAGAGAGCUUCCUUUUCCAUUAAGACUUUAGAUCGUGAUAAUACCGUAGCCAAAGUUAUCAUAACGGUAUUGGAUGAAAACGAUAAUGCACCCGUUUUUAUGAACGAUGUUUACUUUGCCGGUGUUAAUUCGAAGGCAGUUAUUGGUACCGAAAUUAUAUUGGUCAAUGCCACAGAUGCCGAUAUAGGCAAGAAUUCUCAGAUAGAGUAUAUGAUUACAUCCUCAAAUUUGUAUAAGUUUGGAGCGAAUAAGACAACGGGUUCUAUAGUGCCAAGUCCAUUUGCCGUUUCCAGUGAGGGCAGAAUUUCGACUGGCGCCUUUAUGGCUGAAUACAAUCAAGAUCGUUUCGAAUUGGAGGUUGUAGCCAAAGAAGUGGAGGCUCCCCAACGUAUAGCUCGUGCCAAAGUUAUAGUUUGGAUCUACGACUACAGCCAGCUGGUACGUGUCAUACUUUCACGACCCCGCGAAGAAGUCACCCAGCAACAGGAUGAGAUUAUAGCCGAGCUACGUAAUGCCACUCAGCAUCGUAUUAUUGUGGAUGAGCUACGCUAUCAUGUGGACUCAAUGGGUCGCAUACGUAUGGAUUGGUCUGAUUUGUUUUUCCAUGCCGUCGAGCCUAAUACCAAACAAAUUUCACCAGUAGAUGAAAUUUUAAAAGUUAUAGAUGCUAAUUAUGAUUAUUUAAGGGAUUAUUAUGCUGGUUUUGCCAUUGAAAAUGUUGUGCCAGCUUAUAUAACCAUUGUCCAAGAAGAAUUUGAUUUAGCUGUAGCUGGUCUAGUGGCUUUAGUUAUUGUACUGUUUGUGGGUGUAGUUAGUUUUAUAGUGCUCUGUUGUUGUCUAAAACAUUGGAAUCUCUCUGUGCCUACCGAAAAUCGACGUAAAGAAGCUUUAAUAAAGAAACAAAUCAUCGAAGAUUUAAAUACAACGGAAAAUCCUUUGUGGAUUGAACAAAAACUUAAACUAUAUGAAGAACAGGAACUUACAAUGCAAGUAUUUUCCGAACCUGACCACAUUUCCACCUCAGAUGUACCAGGUCACAUGGAUCAUUGUGGAUCCAUAGAGCAUGUACAUCAAACUGUAGACAAUACUUAUGCCACCAUACAGCCUAGACAUGGCAAUCAUAGCUCAAAUCAUGGCGGCAAUGGAGUCAAUGUGGCCUCUAACAAUGCUCAUAACAGUCAUCAUGGUCGUGGUAUGGAACCGCCGCCACCACAACAUAUAAGUGAUUUUGCCGAUUAUGCCACGCUGCGUAAUAAUCGGGUACCUUCAAUGUUUGAAUUUACUGGUUCAACAUUCCAGGCACCAAUUAGGGAUGGUGAUGAUGUUGUCACCGAAUUAAUUUAAGUAUUUUACACAACAUUUUUAAGCGUUAUGUGAAAAAUCUCGAAAUAUUUUCAUCGAAGCGUAUUAGCUUCAAAAUUAAGUAAAUCAAUGAAUGAUAAAUAAGUUAUUUAUAACAUUAGGUAAAAAAUAUAUAAAAAUUAAAUUAUAAUUUUUGAUACAACCCAUCAUACUAUUUAUGAGCAGCUAUUUUUAAAGCAAAAAUGAACAAGUAUUUUAAUUUGCUAGUAUUUUUACUCAAUUUAUAAAAAAAAAAUAAAGAAACUAAUAGUUUAUUCAAAUGACAAUAACAUUUAUAACCAGCAUAUUAAGCAAGAAAAUAAAAAGUACUAGAUUUGCCAAUAUAAUAAUAACAGCAUUUAUAGAAAACCUAAAAUAUUUUCUGCUACAAACAAAAAACGAAGAAUAUUUAAUGCUUUUUUUACACUACUAUCUCUC